AUGGUCCGCUUCCACCUCGUUGGACUCAUCGCAGUCGGGCUCGCGAUCCAGUUCCCCUCAGCGCUAGCAAGCUUCGACUCAGAUUGUCGAACCCAUGCCGACAGCUCCGUGCGUGCUGGCGUUCUUCUGGCGGUCCUUCCGAGCUCACUUGUCAUUUGAACUGACUCCACUGACCGCCUUGGCUUUGGCCGCCGAGCAGAUCGUCGGAUAUUAUGACUGUACACACCUCGCUGCGAACGCUGCUGAGUUUUCCGCUUCGGGUGGCGAGUACGACGGAAGGUGCUUAUGUGGGAAUCUACAUUGGCACGACGUCUACGACUCCUGCCUCACGACCGGUCGGUUACUUCCCUGAAAUCGACAUGUGAUGUUAGUGGUCUUUAAGGUAGCUUACGCACUGUCCAAUUCGGCGUCCCGCAGCCGCGAAGAACCGAAAAUGGGCGAACGACAUCCAGAACGACAGGGACAAGCGCUGCUCUAAAUGCCUCGCAUACUAUUCUGAUUCAUUACAACACGCCCCGGGUGACCCUAUCACCGGUGAGUCCGUUUGA